UGUCACGGGCACGCCGUGCUGCACCGCCCCUUCCGCUCCUGCGCAUGCGCCUUGCAUGUCAAAGAUGGCGGCGGCGACGGCCGGGAGGACAUGGAGCCAAAGACUGAUGCAGAGAUCCUGGGCCCAGAUGACGGGCGUGAGAAAAACAGCCUUCACCCUGACUCCACGGUGUGCCCCUACCCAGUACCAGGGCACCUGCCUCUUGCUGACAGCAACUCCAGUGCGGUACAGAAGCACAGAGCCGCCGUCGUCCCUUGGUUUAGCCUCUGCAAAUGAGAUCCUCCAAUCAUCCGGGACCAGUACUGCCUCUGGGGGAGUCCAAUCAGCUGAGGCCCUGGCACAGUCCGGGGGAGUCGUCCAGUCGGCCGAGGCCCUGGCACACUCUGGGGGAGUCGUCCAAUCGGCCGAGGCCCUGGCCCCCUCGGUGGAAAUGGUCCAGUCGGCCAGCGAGGUGCUACAGGAGGCCGGACUCAGCGAGCUGGGUUUAGGAGGAUAUACGCCAGUCGGCCUGAUCCAAAACAUCCUUGAGUUCCUGCAUAUGGAUGUGGGGCUGCCCUGGUGGGGGGCAAUCGUGGCUGGGACUGUGCUGGCCCGAACCAUGGUCUUCCCGGUCAUUGUGAAGGGCCAGCGGGAAGCUGCCAAGCUCAACAACCACCUCCCAGCCAUGACCAAACUCACCAACAAGAUGAAUGAAGCCAAAGCCAGCGGCAACAAGUUCGAAUUUGCUAAGGCAUACUCGGAUCUAAUGAUGUUCCAGAAGAAACACGAUGUUAACCCUCUCCGGGGCUUCUUGGUGCCUCUGGUCCAGGCCCCGAUCUUCAUCUCUUUCUUCGUAGCCCUGAGGCAGAUGGCCUACCUGCCUGUUCCUAGCAUGCAGAAUGGGGGCCUCUGGUGGUUCCCUGACCUCACCUUGAGUGAUCCCUUUUACGUGCUGCCUCUGCUUGUCACUGGCUCCAUGUGGGCCAUCCUGGAGCUGGGUGCUGAGUCAGGAGUGGACAAUCCCAAUCUCCGGACCAUGAAGGCCGUCUUCAGGAUCAUGCCGCUGGUUAUCCUGCCCUUCACCAUCUCCUUCCCCACGGCCGUGUUCACCUACUGGCUGGCCUCCAACACCUUCUCGCUGCUCCAGGUGGGAUUCCUGCGGAUCCCGGCCGUGCGCCAGAAACUGCGGAUCCCGGAUAGGAUCAGGCAUGAUCCGUCGCUGCUGCCCAGACAGGAGGGAUUCAUAAAGAGCAUGAAGUCAGGCUGGAAGAAUGCCCAGGCAGCUCAGCAGCUGGCAGAGAGGGAACGUCGGAUCAAACAGCACUUGGACCUGGCAGCCAAAGGGCCCUUACGGCAGACGUUCGCCGAGAACCCCCUGAAGCCGAAGGAGGCGGCAGCGUCCAGUGUGGGCAGCGGCACCGGGCAGAAGCACAGACCCUGGCAGGACACGAUCGGGUAGAAGGGUCCCCUCCCAUGGGGACAGGCACGGACUGGUGUCUCGGGCACACACAGAUUACUGACAUUAUUAAAGGAUGUUUAUGAGA